GUUAUGUGUGUAUUGUUGUCGCCUCUCCAGCAGGGAGCGCUGAGAUCCACACACCUCGCACACAGAGGACCACAGAGGAAGACAGCGCUCCGGCAGAGAGACGCUGAUCACAGCCUAUGAUCACAGCAGACACAGGUGGUGGUGGUCGGCAGUACCUGAUAGAAGAGCCCUUACCAGAACACACCAUGAAGAACGAAGGCAUAGAGGGGACGGAAAGGUUUCUGAGCCCGGAUAAGAACAGAGGCCUGCGGGCAGUGAGGCACUUCUCGGUUGGAGAGAUGGUGUUCGUGUGCCCUGCUUACUCCUACGUGUUGACAGUGAAUGAGAGAGGAGCGUAUUGUGAGCACUGCUUCACAAGAAGAGAAGACCUUUUUAAAUGUGGCAAAUGUAAGCAGGCGUACUACUGCAACGUUGACUGUCAGAGAGGUGACUGGCCUAUGCAUAAGCUAGAGUGUGUAGCAAUGGUUGCCUAUGGGGAGAACUGGUGUCCGUCAGAGACCGUCAGACUGGUGGCUAGGAUUAUCGUUAAACAGAGGGUCACAACAGAGCGCACCCCCUCAGAAAGACUGCUGCUGCUCAAAGAGUUUGAAUCACAUUUAGAUAAGAUGGACAAUGAGAAGGAUGAGAUGAACCAGGCAGACAUAGCAGCACUACACCACUUCUACUCCAGACACAUCAGCAACAUCCCAGACGACCGGGCUCUUACUGAGCUUUUUGCACAGGUGAACUGUAAUGGUUUUACUAUAGAGGAUGAAGAGCUCUCCCAUCUGGGAUCAGCUGUUUUUGCUGAUGUAGCACUGAUGAACCACAGCUGCAGUCCGAAUGUAAUAGUGACAUAUAAAGGCACGGUGGCUGAGGUCAGAGCUGUUCAAGAGAUCAACCCUGGAGAUGAGAUCUUCAACAGUUACAUAGAUCUGCUCUACCCGACAGAGGACAGGAGAGAACGGUUGUUGGAUUCCUACUUCUUCACAUGCCAGUGUACUGAAUGCACCUCAAAAUCGAAGGACACAGAAAAAAUGGAGAUCAAGAAACUGAGUUCUCCACCAGAGCCAGAGGAUAUCCGAUCCAUGGUCCAUUAUGCCAAUGUCAUUGAGGAGUUCAGGAGAGCCAAACACUACAAAACUCCCAGCGAGCUGCUUGAGAUGUGUGAGCUCAGCCAGGAGAAGAUGGGAGCUAUCUUUGCGGACACCAACGUGUACAUGUUGCACAUGAUGUAUCAGGCCAUGGGUGUAUGUCUCUACAUGCAAGACUGGGAUGGAGCUAUGAGCUAUGGAGAGAAGAUCGUUCACCCAUACAGUGUUCACUACCCAGCUUACUCUCUGAAUGUAGCGUCUAUGUAUCUGAAACUGGGACGUCUGUAUUUGGGGCUGGAGAAGAAGACACCAGGAGUUAAAGCUCUAAAGAAGGCACUUGCCAUCAUGGAGGUGGCUCAUGGUAAAGAUCACAAUUAUGUAGCUGAAGUGAAACGAGAGAUUGAGGAUCAGAAGUAAAGGAGGAGCAGAAAAAGAAAGAGAGAGGCCCUGGAUUGAAGAACCUCUCUUAAAGCAAAAAAACCCAAACAAACAACAACAAAAAAAAACAUCCCGACUGCAUGCCAUGCAUCUUAUACCUCUCUGUUCCUUGACGCCUACAAUAUUUCUUCCUUACCUCUUCAGGCAGUGUUUCUUUUGUUCAUGUCCAUCGUCAACACAUUCUUGCUGUGGAAGACUGUUUCUAUCUAUGGCCAGCUACAUCCUGUCAGACCUGGAGAUAAAAACUCAAAAAUGUUUGGAGUGAAGCUCCUUAAACUGGGUCAACAUCCAUACAGUAAAUCAAAAAGGAUCACAUCAGUGUAAAAGAAGAAAAGUACUGCCUUUAGAGCUGCCUUUCAAACAAAGCUUUCAUGUGACAGCUACACAUCCUCUGUUUUCAGACUUUGUCGUGCUUUUUGUCAGUCUGUAAUACUUUGUCCUGUACACCCAUCAACAGAUUGUGUGUGGCAGUGUUGAUGUCUUUGGCAGCCAUGUCAGCUGCACAGCGGUUGUUUAUUGAUGUUUAACUUCUGUAUAGACUGCCGAGUAGUUGUUACAGAGGGCAUUACUUCUUAUCCACAGCUUAUGCAUCUGAACUCUACCAAAAAAUCAGCAACAGAGUUUCUGGCUUCAUUGAUUCUUGUUUAAACUGUGAAAAAAAGAUGACUUACCAUGCAUCAGGUACUCUGUAGCAUCGGAAAAGAGAAUGCAAACAAAUAUCCCUGAUUGAAGCAGUGUUUCGAUAAGCUUGUCUUACAAAGUUUGUUUUAAAGAAACAGGAAAACUGUUGCAUGUUUUAUUGUUUCUGUUGUGUUUGUAUUUUUUUUCCAUGAGUCUUGUUGACCAAAAGGGCCACGGGUUUAACCAACAAGGAACCAGCUACAAGGCUCUCUUUACGGUGUAUCUUUAACCAGGGGGGACGGUCUGAGACCAGUUUGUAAUUUAAUUGGCGGUGAGGACAUUAGUGCUAAGACCUGAGCGAUGAUCCUGGAUCAGAGCCCCCUUUGCUCUCAGGACAAAAGUGCUUAACUGUAGCUUAUGCUGCUUUUGGUCAAGAGAUACAUUAUAUACCCUUUUAGUGUUUUCUCAGCAGACUCAUGAAUCCAGAUUAUUACUCUGCAAAGACAUCAUUUUAAAAACAGCUGACUAUUUACUUGUAUAUCAUCCUCAUCAGAAACUCUUCAUUUUUCAAGAUGAAUGAAUGAAACAUCCUAAAGAAGGGAAAUGCUUCUUUCUCUUAAUAUUAUAAGUGCAAACUUCAUUUUGGACCCUUAGGUGAUACAGUAUGGCAUGCUAUUGAAUAAGUUUCAAAGAUAUGACAUCUUACUAACAAAGUAUUUACUUCAGCAGAAACGAAAGUAAUUUCAACCUUGUGGGCAGUUAGUGUUGGGGAUAAAUUCAGAAGGUUUUAGACGACCCCAACCUCAAACAUGAGAAGGAGAAGCGCAGAUACAGUUCCUGUCACUAGUUUUGUCUUUCUGCUGCAGACUAAAUAUAAAGUGCAGCAUGUGAAAGAAAGUUUACAGAGUUGAAAAGGAAGAAUAUACAAACUUCAUCACAAGGAGUUCAUAUUGCACUCAUAUUUUGUACCAAUUUUAUGAUAAAAUGAUGUCACAAUAGCAAACCUGUAAGCACAUGUAGUUUCAUUUAUAUCAGUUGCUGUCACUGGACGGCUUGCCUGCCUUCAGACCUUAUACAAUGUUCUUUCAGAGGAACUAAAGGCACAGGUCUAAUUCCUUUACUUUAAUGCCUGUAGCCUUUUCUCCCUAUUUACUAUGGAUGCAAUGUAUGAACCACAUUAAACUGGGUUACUGAGGGUCAGAAGAAGCCCUUUUGUUACGCGUUGUCAGUGGUCACAUUUGUAGCAACUCUUGCUAAGGUGACUCUUUUGGUCCCCUGCAAACAUGCAUCUAGAGGGCUUCUGCCUUACAGCUCUGUUUGUAUGUAAUGAGCAACUCUGGUCCAAAUGUUUAUUAUUGUGAAUGUUUUUUUAAACACAAUGAAAAAAGGUGGUUUGCAUAAGCCAAAAAAACAAACAUCUAAACCUCUGUUUACCAGACAAUGCUCCUCAUUUACUAUUUUUUUCUGGUCUGACUCUUGAGCAUGCAUAUGUAAUGUAUUAUUUUUCUGUGAUGUCAUUAAAAGUGAAAUAUGUGGCACAAGGAAUGAAUUGAAAAGACCAUACUCAUGCUGCACGGAUAAAACAAAAGGUCACCUAUAUGACAGUUUUUGCUCUUUUUGUAAUUAACUCUUACUUUAUCAGGCAUGAACUUUAUCUUUUGGAAUGCAUAACUGAAGUCUGAGCCUCCGAACUCAAUAAAUGACAGUAUGACACUUA